AUGUUUGAUCCUUGGGACGAGGAUGCGAAGGACUGGGAUGCUGACGCCGAGUAUUGCGAGGCCGUUAGAAUGCGUGAUAAUCCUGCGGCGAUUGCACUCCCUAUGGUGAGACGACUCCGGGAGAUAUUUGGAUGGAAGCUGGAUAUCGUCUAUCCUGAAUCGGAUGAUCUGCUCCCGAAGAGCAACUGUCAGACGCCGAACCAGCAAGAAUGCCAUCUAAUUGCUGGCUCUAUCGGAGUUCCUGACACUGAAACCUGA